AUGAACAUUUUGGUGGACCCAACAACUGGAAACGUAACGGGGAUUUUCAACUGGGCAGAAGCAGCAAUUCUUCCAUUCGGGUUUUCGCUAUGGGGGAUGGGAAAUAUUAUGGGAUACAUGGAUUUUAAGGGAUGGCAGGCCAGUAAUGUUUCGGAUGUUCAUUUGCAUUCACUCUGGUCUUCGAGGAUGGUCGGCUUUUUUUGUCGAUACGGAUUCAUUAUGGAGGGCAAUGUUAUGAAAGGGGUGGUGGAUCUGUCUGAUUUUUCUUCCAUGGCGUACCUGGAUGCAUUUUGCCGAGCCGAUGAUUGGGCCGUCAUUAGUCGUUGA